AUGGUUGUUGGCAGGAGCGAUCAACUGCGGCAGGCCGCUUUCCGGCCGCAGCAUAGUUUAUCCCUUCUCUUUUCGACCGAGGACGGCAGAGCGUUGUUCGUCGUGCAUUCGUAUGCUCUGGGCGAAUUAAAUUUGGAUUCAUCUCAACCUCCACACAAACUUUGGCAACAAGUCGGCUGUUGGGGAAACCUUUCGGACUCCGCUACAAAAAAAUCUUCCUUCAAAAUCGGGACUGCUGUAGAAUGCGUAGAAGAAGAUUGCGCCCCUGUAUUCCCUCUCGAGUUUGACCCUAAUGAUCAUUCCGAGACGCAGAAAUACUGCGACGCACUCGCGCAUUACCGCCGACAAGCUUUCUUGAACCCUGGCUUGACUUUCGACCAUAACACCUCGAAGCCGUCCUUCCAGCUCUCCGUUCCGUCCCUUGCCUCUCUUCGCUCUGCAGGGAGGCAAUUUCCAACCUGUGCUGCCAACUGGUAUCUAGAAACAACCAGACCGGCGUCUUCGCUGCGGCACCCGGAACCAUCGUGGGCUGAUCCUACCAGUGAAUACGAAUGUCCGAGAAAUCUAGCUGGUGUCGAGAAUCUGGUGUCCAACGCGCUCGAGAAUUGUUAUGGGAAACAUAAGUUGGCAAUGCCCCAUGGAGAGUCUACCCAUGUGAUUCUCAUGGAGUAUAUCAAAGGAACAACUCUCGCUCAGCUACAAGACAAGUAUCCGAGCCACGAUACCCCUCGAUAUAAUCCCUUGCCUCAGAAGUCCUAUAGUGAAUGGCUCGAUAUGGCGAAAGAGCUCUACAUUUCAGCGCUAAGAGGCAUGAGAAAUAUGAUGAUCGCAUCUACGACAUCCCUGAAGCAGGUCGUGUACAUCGACUUUGCAUUUGCAGAGCUGAAUGCGCGUCAGGACCUCAUCGAUGCCCAUUAG